AUGUUUUCUUUAGUAAAAAAAGAGUUUUGAUAAAUAAAUAUUUCUACGGUCUCUGAUCUCAUAUUAUUUACUUCCGGUAUAUUUUUCACAUGCAACCUCAGCCACGUCGACAGAAAUUUGUUCAUUUUGAAUUCGAUGAAUUAUUACUUUAAGUUAAUCAAAAACACAAGAAAUGAUGGAACAACCUUGUUGAAUUUUAUCUGUCGUGACUGGACCAGAAGAUUACUAGUUGGUUUAACGUAAGAAUUUGCUUGAAAUAGUGUAAUGGCAUCAUCAAAUCUAAUUCUGGUGACUGGUGGUGCAGGUUACAUUGGUAGUCAUACAGUUGUCGAGGUUCUAAAUGCUGGCUAUGAAGCUGUUAUUAUUGACAAUUUUUGUAAUUCUACUGAAGCAGAGAGUGUGAAAAGGAUUCAAAGUUUAACGGGAAAGGAUGUCACAUUUUAUAAGGUUGACCUUUUGGAUCGCACCGGCCUAGAUGCUGUGUUUGAAAAGCAUAAAUUCUGUGCUGUCAUGCAUUUUGCUGGUCUCAAGGCUGUUGGUGAAUCUGUAUCCAUUCCAUUGAAGUACUACAAGAACAAUAUUCAAGGAACUAUAUAUUUACUGGAGAGUAUGAAGAAAUACAAAGUGAAGAAUAUUGUGUUUUCAUCAUCCGCUACAGUUUAUGGUAAUCCACGUUAUCUACCUCUGAACGAGAAUCAUCCCUCUGGUGGUUGUACUAAUCCUUAUGGAAAAACAAAGUAUUUUAUUGAAGAAAUACUUCGUGAUCUUGUUAUAUCAGACAAAACUUGGAAUGUUAUAUCUUUACGUUAUUUUAACCCGAUUGGUGCCCACCGUUCUGGUCGCAUCGGAGAGGAUCCUCAGGGAAUUCCCAAUAAUCUCAUGCCUUACAUUACACAAGUUGCAGUUGGUCGUAGAUCACAUUUAAAUGUCUUUGGCAAUGAUUAUGAAACUCCUGAUGGAACAGGUGUUCGUGAUUAUAUUCAUGUCGUGGACUUAGCUUUAGGUCACGUGGCUGCCUUAAAGAAAAUGCUCCAGGAAAGCUGUGAGUUUAAGGUUUACAAUCUCGGUACAGGACGUGGUCAGUCAGUGUUAGAAAUGGUCAAAGCAGUUGAGAAUGCUUCAGGAAAGAAGAUUGAAUAUAAAAUCACUGACCGUCGUCCUGGAGACGUAGCGUCAUGCUAUGCAGAUCCUUCAUUGGCUGAGAAGGAACUUGGAUGGAAAACACACAAAACCUUAAAGGAAAUGUGUGAAGAUUCGUGGCGUUGGCAAUCUCAAAAUCCUCACGGUUACCGAGACAAUAAAGAAAAUGAAAACUCGUUAUAGACAAGUUUAUUUUCGUAAAAAAUAUUUUUUAAUGGCCGUUGUAUGGAAUAUAGAAAAUGGAAAAGCGUCGUCAAUCUACUUGUUGAAGAAAAUGACACUAAAAUAGCGGACAAAGGUCGCUGUUUGGAAAUUUGUUUCAUUUUUUAUAAAUGGAAUGUGAAUAAUUUAGUGUAUCGACAAAAUAAAGUUUAUGAGCUUGUACAACAUA